ACACAUGAAUUUGGAGCUUGCUUAACUACCGUCAAACAGACCUGCUUUUCAUGUAAAGUAAGGAAAUCUUUGGAGCUGAGUACUUUGGAGGAAUGUUCCUUCUUCUGACAGUUUGACUGUAAAGAGGACCGCUUUUGACAAUGCAUAUUGUGGAUGACGAUCAGCCGAGUAAGAACUGCACAGCAGAGAAUCUACCACUGUGUAAUUUCUACCCCUCUGUGAUGAUUGUGAAAUUCUUCCUGGCUCUACCGCUCAACCUCUCAGUGCUUUCUUUUAUAUUCAAAAUGAAGUUCUGGAAAUCUAACAGCAACAACAAAGGGGAGUGGCGGAGUACAGAGGGUGGAACUUGCAAAGCCAUGUGGUUCAUGCUGUUUCUGAACUGAGGUGCCAGUAUCGCCUUCCUGACUGGGAUUUCAGUUGAUCCUUACUUUAAUGUAGUUCAUCCUGGGGAAAAAAAGUUCCUUAAGGUCUUCAAAAAGUCUCCUUAUAUCUCUGUCAUCGUCUGGCUACUGCUGCUCCCCCUGACUAUCCCAACCAUGCUGAAGACCUUUGAGUGCUGUAACAGUUAUGGGUGUAAAAAUGACACUCCGGUCGAGGACGUCACUGAAACUUUGAGAGAGGUUGUGUUUUUCGCCCAGAUUCUCAUCCCUUUCUUUGUGUUGGUCUACUUGUCACGUCCUGACCAUAGUAAGAUGUUAUUUUCUAUGGUAGAAUAGGUCAGGGCGUGACAGGGG